AUAACAAAGCUUUGGAAACAAAUAAGCUCUUUUCUAUGUUUUAUAUUCUACUUUUAAAUGCAGAAUUUAAUCGAAAUCCUAUGUCGGAAUAGCUCGAAGUCCCGCUAUGUCAAACAAAUUAUAAUUUCCCUUGCGAGUUCGAGAUAGCGGGCUUGACUGUAUUAGGGCUUUGCUAAAGGCUUCCUACCCGACCGUUGCAGAGUGCAAAACACAGUGUUAUACAAUUUAUGCAAAAACUGAAGUGCCAUUGCGUCAGGUUUGGAGAGCAGUACGCAGUGGAAACCGGUUUAUAAUUAUGUAAUGAACCUCCUUAACUGCGCUAUUACCUACAGUCCUUUUACUACGGUACAUUAUAACAUCUAUAAGUAACUGAUGCUACAACUUUUUGCUCGAAGCAUAUCCUACUUAUGCUCUAGGAAUCGACGACAGUGACGGUGAAUUACUUAAUAAAAUUUUUCGAAAACAACCUGUUCCUUCUGCCGAAAGUAACUUAGCUUUAAUUAUUACCAGGUUUUAUUGUACACAAACCUGGCUGUGGUCAACAAUUUUUAUUAAAAAAAUGAUGUGUUUACAUUUUUGGUACACCAUGAUUGUUUUCAGCUCAACAAAUCUCCAUUGUGUCGUAGCCGACAGUUUGGUCGUCAGAUCUCCUAAAGUAUUACUUAUACAAAUGAAACAAUGGAUAUAUCAGAUAUCAAAACGAAGGAAAACAGUGGCGACGAAGAGCAGAGAGAGCAGAACAGCCAAGCAUCGCCAGCGCUCUCGACGCGAUCUGUACGAUCUGCACGGGCAGACGACCCAAACGCCAAGCUCGCACGCUCACCUGGUAUAAAAAUCCUGCAAAUGGCCGGGCAAGCCCCGGUUUAUAACUGCAGAUUUUCUGUGAAGGAUUUUAAGCUGCGGAACCCGACAGUACCAGACGACGCCAGUGAUGAGUACGAUACAGAUUUGGAAUCCGAAGAGCCACCAAGCACUCGUAAAGCCAUUUUUCACGAUACAACUGGCAAAGAGAUUUACCUCGAGGCUUGUAAACAUUACGAUGUUGUUCCGGCAUCUUACUUCACUCGUAAUAUAUCAUCGAAGGUUGUGAAUUUAGCGCAUCACGGACUAGGAGCACAUGGCAUCAAACCCAUUGUUGUAGCUUUGUUGCAGAACACGAAAAUUUGCGAGCUCGAUCUUCAAGACAACGCCAUUGGAGAUGACAGUGGCAAAGAUGUCGCAACAAUCUUCUUCGACAAUUUUUAUAUUACGAGGCUGAAUAUCGCUUACAAUAUGCUUGGUCUUAAAGCUGCAAAAGCAUUCGCUGAGUCUUUAGAAGCCAAUGGGACAUUGCGAGUUUUAGAUCUUUCUGAGAAUAUGCUGUGCAACAAAUGCAUGGAGACUCUUUGUAGUGGCCUUACAAGUAAUUACAGUUUAACUGAACUUAACCUCAGUAAGAACAAAAUUACUGAAGAAGGCGGUAAGUACAUAGGUGUUAUGCUUUCUGAACAGCGCUCAAUAACAGACCUCGAUUUGAGUUGGAACGGACUCGGAGCGCACGGAACGGAGGCAGUUUUAAAAGGAUUAAAAGAUAAUAUUAUAUUAAGAAACCUAAAGUUAUCUUGGAAUGCUAUCGGAGUUAGUGGAUGUAAAGCGCUGAGCAAGGCUUUUGGCUUCAUAAAUUUACCCUGCUUGGAUAUUUCAAACAACAGACUUUUAGCGGAAGGCGCAAAAAUUUUAUCGCAAGGACUAAAGAAAAAUACAUCGUUAAUAACUUUGAAAGUGGGGCAAAAUAUUCUAGAAAAUACUGGAGUUUGUUUUAUAUUAAAGGCAAUUUUACGGAAUACGGAGUCAAAAUUAAGCACAAUAGACAUAUCGGGUACCGAUCUUGAAAAAGAGUUUUACGAGCUUGAAAAAGAAAUUCGUCUCAAUAAUCGUAGCAUCAAAUUUAUCCAUGAGACAAUGUUUAAAGAAAAACAGCCAAAGCGAAUUACAGACCCACGGGAAAUUUUGAAGAAGUUUUUAGAUGACAAUGGUAUUCACAAGCUUGAUUUGUUUGACUUCAUAGACAGAGAUGCAAGUAUGUCGAUCAGCGUAGACGAGUUCAGGAAAGGACUUAAGGUGGCCAACUGCGGACUGGUAGAUUUCCAAAUUGAUGAGCUCAUGCAGUUGUUAGACCAGGAUCAAGAUGGCGAGAUUGAUUAUAGCGAGUUUUCUGAGUUGUAAUAUUCGUUAUUAGAAAAUUUUAUUUUGUUUAAAAUCCAAAUCGUUUUAUAAACGACGCUUAGAUCAUGUACCCAAGUAAUAAUCCAAGUUACCUUGCUGCGACCCUCAGAAGCGCGGUGGUUCCCAGACUCCUUUGACUUCAAUACUUCAAUAAUUUAUUUUACAGACCUCUCAGUGACUCAAAGAUUUCUAUACACAUAGCAAUUUUAUAAGGGAAAGUGGACAGCGAGAAAAGUAAAUUUGAUUAUUAUAAGAUAAAGAGUUCUCGGCGUUUAUAUCAAACCUAAUCAUAAAGGGCUUGCUUUUACCCGACGAAGACCUUGAGUUACCUAGAAGUGGUAAUGCCAAAACCCAACUAUUAGUUUUUCGUGGAGUUUACAUUUUCUCUUAAUGUGUAUCUAUAUUAUUAUUUACAUUCGUUAUGCUUAUCUUUUUUCUUAUACAUUCCGAAUCCUGCAAUUAACGUUUCUGCUUUAAAGAAGUAUUUAUCGUUGUAUUUACAGAGAUAUAAGACUCAGUAUAGCAAUCAUGGUACGUGUCUAUGAUCUAGAGAUAAGGGGGAAGAGACGAUCUCCACUUGUUGACUCGAACGCAUUAAUUAUCAAAUCGUAUGAUUACAGUGGCUUUGUUACAAACAUGAAGGAAGGGGGGAAAUAAAGUUUUUUUUCAACUACCGAAUAUUGUAAAGACGUAGUCAAACUUUUUAAAGCAUGCUCUUUCACCCAUACCUAAAACAUAGUAUUUUCACCCAAAUCCCUUCUCUAUACACUAAUGGCCUGUAUAUAGCCUCAGAUACAAAUCGAUCAACUUUUAUUGAAAAUGCUUGCAUCCAUUUAUGAAUAAACAUGAUUCUAUAUAAAUAUGUAUUUUAUAUAUUCUUAUGUUCAGAAGAAAAAAAUUCUUUGAAUUAAAAA